AGAAGACCUCACCCAAAUGUAGACUUAAGGUCACAUUCUUUGCCGAGGCAGGCAUUGAUACUGGUGCCCUUACCAAAGAAUUCCUCACAGAAAUGCUGGUAGAAAUAGAAAAAAGACUCUUUGUUGAAGGUCCAGAUAAGAAAGGUAAGAAUCCCAUUUACUGCCUUAACAGUUUGGACUGUAACUACUUCAGGACUGCAGGAGAAGUCAUGGCAGCUAGUCUGGCACAAGGCGGACCUUGCCCUAACUUCCUGCGUGAAUGGUGCUUCAAAUAUCUCUGCUCUGGUGACUCUGACAGCAUUCAAGUGUCUGCCAGUGAUGUCACAGACUUGGAACUGUCACAGCUAAUUGUAAAGAUAAACAGCGCCAGUGAUGACAACAUCAGCGACCUGAUUGGUGACAUUGGGGCCGUGCGGAUACACUGGUGUAAGGGAAACAGGUCAAUUUAGCUCAAAGGGAAUCAUUUAAGAUUUUAAAGGGAAUUUGAACAGAAUCACUGUUUCACGGCUGAUCACUGAAACGGCCAGCGAUUCACUGAAUGAGC